AUAAUACCAAACGGGCCUCUAAUCUGUGCAACAACUCAAUAUAGAAAGAGACUUUUAACCAACUACAAAACACUGUUUUGGAUUGAAUUUUCAACAUUUUUACGCCAAUGAGCAGGUUAAACUCUAGUUUAACCGGUACCUCCUCCUAUUGCAAGUGUUAGGUGAAGGGAGGUGGUGGUUUAAGACUUAUUGAGUGUUUGUUAACGUAUCAAUCAAAAAAAUUCUCUAUUUUUUAAAUUUUUUGCAAAAACAAACUGCAACCUCUCUUAUCAAAUAAGUAAUGCUUCUGAAGUAGAACUUUGUCAUUUGUGAAUCCUAGCAUGGAGCCACACUCCUUCCAAUGUGAUCACAAUUCAGAUACAAAAUGUUUCGAAAUACAACUCGGCAAAUUGUAACUUGCAAAUUUAAGCUUUGGGCAGCUGUGUAUACGCUACCCGGCCUGCCUCUGUGAUUUUCUAUGGAAGUCUUAGCAUGAUUAGAAAAUUUUGGAUGAUUUGGUUUUAUCAAAAGCAUGCUUCAUAUUCCUAUUGAUGCAUGGGCUUGAUCUCAUCCAUACGCAAACCGAGUAUUGCUAGGGACACACCCCAACUCACACCAUGCUUGUGUUAACUCUUAAUUGGAUUUCAGCUUUUUCAAAUACAAGUGAUGAACUUAUGUGAAAGUGUUAAAAUCUAAUCAAGAGUUGACACAUGAGCAGGGUAUGGGUUGGAGUGUGUCCCUAAUAUUACUCGAACAAAAGCCAUUGAUUUGAGAGAAUAAUACACGUUUCAAUCCAAUCAGAAACCUUCUGAAAAGUUUUUCAGUUUUGAACGAAAAGAUAGGACAGUUUUGAGCACUUUAUCCCCUAACUUGCAAGAUAUCGUGUCUUAGAGCCUCAAGCAACAUAACCAGCUCGUCACCUUUCAUAAACAAGCAAAAUAACGUGAUUGGCACAUAGACUGUAGAAAGAAAGAAACAGAACACAUGCAAAAUAGAUGUAAGACCUCUAAAAGAAUCUCACCUUUUACGCAUUCAUUAUUAUGAUUAAAGCUCUGAAGAGUUAGGAGCCUAGGACCCUAUUUUAACUCAUCCUAUACCACAGCGUAUUGUAUAUAAAGGUCAUGGUUAUAUUGAUAGAAAAUACCAAACAGCUUCAUCAAUAAAAACUCUCUAAUCACAUCCUUUUAAUUGUUCUUCAUAUGUAUAUUUAGUAUCCAAGCAUUAUGAAUUUGGGGAAGUUUUUCUUGGUUUCUCUUUCCUUAGCUCUACUUUUGGUGCUGGCCAAGGGCAUCGACUUCAAAGAGGAGGAUUUAGCUUCCGAAGAGAGACUCUGGGAAUUGUAUGAGAAGUGGAGGAGCCAUCACACUGCUUCUCAGGACCUCAACGAGAAGCAUAAGCGUUUCAAUGUGUUUAAGGAGAACGUGAAGCAUGUUCACAAAGUGAACAAGAUGAAUAAGCCUUACAAGCUGAGACUGAAUAAGUUUGCAGAUAUGACUAACCAUGAAUUUGCAAGUUCCUAUGCCAGUUCAAAGGUUAGCCAUCACAGGAUGUUCCAAGGUAUCCGACAAGUGACUGGUUUCAUGCAUGAGAAGAUUGACAAUCUUCCAACCUCUGUUGAUUGGAGAAAACAAGGAGCAGUUACCGGUGUCAAGGACCAAGGCAAAUGUGGUAGCUGCUGGGCAUUUUCAACUGUAGUUGCAGUUGAGGGAAUCAACCAAAUCAAAACAAAGGAGUUAGUCCCUCUGUCUGAGCAGGAGCUGGUUGAUUGUGAUUCUAAAAACAAUGGUUGUGAUGGAGGACUAAUGGAAAAUGCAUUUGAGUUCAUUAAGCAAACUGGUGGAGUAACAACAGAGAACAACUACCCCUACCAAGCCCGACACAAGUCUUGUGACUCAUCGAAGAUGAAUGAUCCUAUGGUACAAAUUGACGGUUAUGAAAAUGUUCCACAAAAUGAUGAAAAUGCCUUGAUGAAAGCUGUUGCAAACCAACCUGUAUCAGUUGCAAUUGAUGCUGGUGGCAAGGAUUUCCAGUUCUACUCAGAGGCAAUAUUCACCGGAGAUUGUGGCACAGAGCUGAAUCAUGGGGUGGCAAUUGUGGGCUAUGGAACAACUUUGGAUGGUAAAAAAUACUGGAUAGUGAAGAACUCUUGGGGACCUGAAUGGGGAGAGAAGGGUUACAUAAGGGUGCAACGUGGGGUUAAUGCAGAAGAGGGACUAUGUGGUAUAGCCAUGGAGGCCUCUUACCCCGUAAAACUGUCCUCAAACAACAACAAGAAGACCUCCUUCAAAGAUGAACUGUAAAAGUGUCUUAUUUCAGAAUUCAGUAGAUUGCUGUAGCCUAUGUAGUAAACUUUGUGAUCAGGUUUGUUUGUCACAUUAAACGCAUAAAUCUGUCUCGUUUUAUAGGUGCUAAUGCGAGGAUAGACUAGUGUAAUGUAUCCGUUUGAUGUAUUUGUUUGGAUGACAAAUAUGUAAAAGCUCUUUGAUGGUUGAAAACUUGAAAUACAAGGUUGAAACUUGCUAAA